CCAUGUGGUGUAGAUUAUGAAUUAAGAACGUAUGUAGCUGAAACGUCAGAUGACAAAUUACAAAAACGCUCAAAUUUACUCCAAUUUUUCCAGCCGUCUACUUUUAUGCGGAGCUAUAAGCUACCGCUUGAACAAUCAUCAAUUGCAGUGUAAUAAACGGAAUUCUGUUCGACUAGCUAUACGUAAAUUGACUUAUGCACCAGAGGAACCAGCUCCACAACCUUCGGCAGUUGUAUUGAAAGAAUUCAUUAUGAGUCCUGGUACACUGCGUUUGGAAGUUUCAUUAAAUAAAGAAAAAUAUUAUCAUGGUGAAUCAAUCGAUAUCAAUGUUUUGGUUGAUAAUAAUUCAAAUAAAACAGUGAAAAAAAUUAAAUUAUCAGUACGUCAAUACACUCAAUUAUGCUUACAUAAUAACAAUCGUUAUAAUUGUGUUGUGGAUGAAUUAGAAACCGAUGAAUCUUUCCCAAUUUUACCAAGUCAAACUGGUUGGUGUAAAGUAUACAAACUACGUCCAUUGCUUGCUAAUAAUCGACAUAAACGUGGUCUGGCGCUGGAUGGGAAAUUAAAACAUGAAGAUACUAAUCUUGCUUCAUCUACAAUUAUUUACAAUCCGAAUCAUAAAGAAAAUCUUGGUAUGACUGUACAAUAUCGUGUAAAAGUUCGUUUAGUGCUUGGAUUUGUGUCAAGUGAUAUCAGCGUCGAAUUACCGUUUACAUUGACACAUCCAAAACCUGAUCCAGAACUCAAUGGGACUGCAUUGAAACUCGCGCUUGAAGACAACGACAACAACAACGAUGAUGAUGACCAUGAUGAUAAUGAUGGCAAUAAUGCUAAACAUCUUCGGCCUAAUUUAUCAUCAGGAGAUGAAGAGGAAAAAUUGAAAUAUACACAGCAUACAACUACCACCAACAACAACAUAGCACAAUCUCUAUUGCAUUCUAAUCAGACAGAAGUAAAUAUAACCGAUGAUUUGAUUAAAUUGGAUGAUGGAAUCAAUAAUGACAGUAAAACACCGUCAAUCACUAAUCGUAUUGGUAGCGGCGGCGGCGGCGUUGUUGUUGACGAUGAUGACGAUUUGAUAUUUGAAGAUUUUGCUCGUCUACGUUUAAAAACUUAUGAAGAAUCUGAUAGACAUAUGAAGAAUAUGACUGAUUUAUCGUCUACGGGGAAUCUACCAACAACGAUCACCAAUACUCCGACAACAACAACCAUGAAUUCGACAUGAUUUUUUGCUGUACACAUCAAAAUGUCGACAUCAUGACAAUGAAUGAUUGACUGAUUGUUUUUUUGUUUAUUUGAAUAUACUACUUAUUUUUUACUACUGAUAUCCUGUAUUUUCAAAACAGUGACAUACAUGCUUAAUUUUGUUUCUUUUUAACUUUGAUACAUUGAAGACAAUAAUUAUGAACUUAAUUAACUAUUAAUUAUGCUUUCUUUGUGUACUACUACUACUACUACUAACUAUACUACUUACUACUACUGAGCAAUAAUGAUGAGUAGUAUUUCAAGUAACGUUUUUUUAAAAUUCAAUCAUUUAAAAAAUUUUAUUCAUGUUUUUACAUAUUCAUAUAUAUAUAUAUAUUUCACUGUAAAAUUAGUAAUCAGGCUAACUGAUCGAUUGAUUGAUGGGAUUUUGAAAAAAAACUGACUGUUUUCUCUACACAUUACUUUUUUUCGUUUCCUACUUGCUCUCUCUAUCUCAUUCUCACAAACUUUGUACUUAAUUUGGGUUUUUUAUUCAUCCUGUGCGUGUUUGUGCGUGUGUGUGUGUGCCUUUUCCACCUUCGACAUUGAGCUUCAUUGGCAUAGUUGUAAAAUUACUUUUUUUCCUGCAUAAAUCACAAGUACCGCUUUUAUUGAUUGAAAAGCGCGCGCGCGCACUCACACACACACCACAAGGACAUGUCUAAGUCAAUUUAUUUUAAACACAAUGAUUAUCAUCAUCAUCAAUUACAGAAGAGAGAUCUGUUCAGUGUCAAUUUAUUUUUUUACCAAAAAAAAUGUAAUUGAUUUAUGUAAAAUAUGUAUGUGUGUAUUUUAAUUUAUUGUAUCCCUCCUCUAUAAUGAAUUGCCGCUGAUUUCAUAGCCUCUUGUUUUUUUAUCAUCCAAUCGUUAUUUCAUUUGUUUUUUUCUACUCUUCAUUGUUUUAAAUCAUGUUGUUGAUCAAAUGUUGUGUGAGAUGAUGAUCGAUUUUCUCUUGGACUGAUUGCGCUGAUCUUUUCGCAUUGACUGAUUGAUUGAUUUUCUUCGUUACCUGUUUGAUCAUAAUGACACUGUGCUUUCUAUCAUUAUCAUGAUUAAUAUUUUGUGUAAAAUUGUAAUAAAAGUGAGAAAGAUUUUGUGCAGAGCAAAUAUUGAACAAUGAACACAAAUCUCAAUGGGGCGGAACAAUGAAUGGAUGAAUGUGAAGUUUUUCUGUUUUGUAAUUUGCUUUGCUAUCCAAUAUCAAUAUCGAUUUUACAUAUAUAUAUUUAUAUAUUUUUGAAAAUUUUA